AGUUGUAAGCAGGUUUGUGCACUUUGAUUAUUUAUGGUGUUGUGCUUCUUUAAAAAGAAGGACCGUGACACAGAAAAUCUCUCGGCUUGAAGAGGUGUUGCCAGUGGGACCCUUUGUUAGAAAAGCUGUCUGUUGACCCAUGUUAGAGAUCCAUAAGCCCGGGAACGCUUGCGUAUCUGCCCCUGUUCUCUCAGUAUUCGGAAACAGUCAGCAGGUUCUGUGGGGAAAUCAAACAGGAACGAAAAGCACAGAUGGGUGGGUGGUCUUUUUCCAGUGGAAUGAGGAAGUAGUGAGUGACCAGAGUAAAACAAAUGCCCUCCUUUAGCAGAAAGGCACACGUGAUCUCAGUAAACGUCAGAGGCUGGUCUGGAUUUUGGGAAAAUCAUCGGAGAAAGCGAGAGGCUUACUUUUAGCUCAGUUAUAGCACCCCCACCUUUGAACAAUUAGCUUAAAUUCAUCCAUGUUGAAAAGCAAAGAGGAAAACACCACCCUACUGAGGCUGUCUUUGCGCUUUAGAUCUGUCCUCACCCUGGCUUCCCUCUGCGGCUGACACAGCUGCACGGCUCCGCCCAGCUCUCGGUUUCGCUGCAACAGGCCCCCAUGCGAUGGGACUUCCUGUGCACCUCCCCGGCUGGUCGGCAGGUGAAUUCCAGACCAGACUGUUUCGGUGGGGGGGGCCAUGGAGCAGACUUUGUCACUGGGCUGUGCUGACUGCUGUUAAACCGGCCUUUUGACCCCUCCAUCGCUCCUGCAUCUACUUGAGGAACCAAGAGCAAGCGUCUGGGCAGACAUGAGCGUAAAUUCAGAGACACGGCAUCUCCGCUCGGUCUGGUAAGCGUGGCGUGCUCCUGUGGCACCCUGCGAGGCAUGGCACGAGCCCUACGCACUGGUGGCGACAGACAAGGUUGCAGGCAAGCUGAGUUCUACUCUCUCAUGGGUGAAGAACUCUGUGUCCCAGACCGUCAGUCAGAUGGCUAGCCAGGUGGCCCCCCCCUCCUCACUGCAUCCCCCUGCAGCCACCGGCGCCUCCUCCCUGCACACUCCACCCACCACCCUAUCGACGCCGACCCCGACCCCAUCUCCGUCCUCACCCUCCCAGCUCAGCCCAGAUGAGGUGGAGCUGCUGGCCAAGCUGGAGGAACAGAACAGGCUAUUGGAGAUAGACAGCAAGUCCCUGAAGUCUGUAAAUGGCUCCCGGCGCAACAGCGGCUCCUCGCUGGUGUCCAGCUCCUCGGCCUCCUCCAACCUCUCCCACCUGGAGGAGGACUCCUGGAUCCUGUGGGGGCGCAUCGUCAACGAGUGGGAGGACGUGCGCAAGAAGAAGGAGAAGCAGCUGAAGGACCUGGUUCGGAAAGGGAUCCCCCACCACUUCCGGGGAAUCGUUUGGCAGCUCCUGUGCAACGCCCAGAACAUGCCCAUCAAGGAGCAGUACUCAGAGCUGCUGAAGAUGACAUCACCCUGCGAGAAGCUGAUACGCCGGGACAUCGCCCGCACCUACCCCGAGCACGACUUCUUCAAGGAGAAGGACAGCCUGGGCCAGGAGGUGCUCUUCAACGUCAUGAAGGCAUACUCCCUGGUGGACCGGGAGGUGGGCUACUGCCAGGGAAGCGCAUUCAUCGUGGGGCUGCUGCUCAUGCAGAUGCCGGAGGAAGAGGCUUUCUGCGUGUUCGUCAAGCUGAUGCAGGAGUACCGUCUGAGGGAACUCUUCAAGCCCAGUAUGGCUGAGCUGGGCCUCUGCAUGUACCAGUUUGAAUGUAUGAUUCAGGAGCAGCUGCCCGAGCUCCACAUGCACUUCCAGGCACAGAGUUUCCACACCUCCAUGUACGCCUCCUCUUGGUUCCUCACCAUCUUCCUCACCUCCUUCCCUCUGGCCGUCGCCACUAGGAUCUUUGACAUAUUCAUGAGCGAGGGCCUGGAGAUAGUCUUUCGAGUAGGACUGGCCAUUCUUCAGAUGAACCAGGCCGAGCUCAUGCAGCUGGACAUGGAGGGGAUGCUACAGCACUUCCAGAAGGUCAUUCCCCACCAGCUGGACAGCGGCCCUGACAGAGUCAUCCUGACUGCAUACCAGGUCAAGUACAACGGCAAGAAGAUGAAGAAGUUAGAGAAGGAGUACAGCACGAUCAAGACAAAGGAGAUGGAGGAACAAGUGGAGAUCAAGAGGCUACGCACAGAGAACAGACUCCUGAAGCAGAGGAUCGAUACCUUGGAGAAAGAAAGCGCUUCCUUGGCUGAUAGGUUGAUCCAGGGGCAAGUGACCCGGGCCCAGGAGGCUGAAGAGAACUACCUGAUAAAGAGGGAGCUGGCUACGGUCAGGCAACAGAGCGAGGAGGCCAGCGCCCACCUGGAGCAGGCCCAGGGCACCAUACGCGAGCUCCAGCAGCAGCGACAGCCGGCGGGAGGGCCCAAGGUGACCCUGCGGUACUCGGAGGACUUCAUCCUGCAGCUGGAGCGGGAGCUGGUACAGGCCCGGCUGAAGGAGGCUGAAUCCCAGUGUGCCCUCAAGGACAUGCAGGACAAGAUCCUGGACAUGGAGAAGAGGAACAUGGCACUGCCGGACGAGAGCAACGUGGCCCGUCUCCAGGAGGAGCUCAUCGGGAUGAAGGUCAGGGAGGCAGAAGCCAUCACGAGCCUCAAGGAGCUCCAUCAGCAAGUCAGGGACCUGGAGGAGCACUGGCAGAAGCACCUGGCGCGCACGGCGGGCCGCUGGAAGGAGAGCCCCAAGAAGAACACGGUGGGCGAGCUGCAGGACGAGCUGAUGAGCGUGCGGCUGCGCGAGGCUGAGGUGCAGGCGGAGCUGCGAGAGACACGCCAGAGGAUGCUGGAGCUGGAGACGCAGAACCAGAUCCACAGCAACCAGCUACGACGGGCCGAGCAGGAGAGCCGCAGGCUGCAGGAACGCACGCAGCUCCUGACUGCGCAGAACAAGGGCCUGCAGGUGCAGCUGCAAGAGCUGAAGCGCAAGCAGGCGGAGAUCGAGUGUAAGAACAAAGAAGAAGUCAUGGCCGUGCGUCUCCGCGAGGCUGACAAUAUGGCCGCCAUGGCCGAGCUGCAGCAGCACAUCGCCGAGCUGGAGAUCCAGAAGGAAGAAGGAAAGGUUCAGGGCCAGCUGAACAGCUCGGACUCCAACCAGUACAUCCGCGAGCUGAAGGAGCAGAUAGCGGAGCUGAAGCAGGAGAUCCGAUGCCUGAGGCGCCCGGGGGCAUCGUCGAGCCGGCUCGAUUUUGACAGCAUCCACAUCGUCAACCACUACAUAGCCGACGACGAGUCGUACCACUCCUCGGACGACGAUGCGGCCGCUGACCCGACAUGCCUGCCCGUCUCCCGUGCGUUUGUGCCACGGCAGGAUACCAAGCGCAUUCUGCUGCACCCCAACCUGGCUGAGAGCGACAGCGAUGGCGAGGAGGGUAGCCCGCACCUUUGCGUCCCCUCGGAAGCACCCAGUAGCCACAAGACAACCACUGUGUAACUGCCGACAAGGCAAUGCUGAUGUCCCCCCGCCAACCGUGGGAAAGAAGGCAGGGAGGGAGGCGGUGCGAGAUUCUGCUCGUCAGGGGCACCUCUUCGUGGAUUUUUAAUUUUUUUUUCACAAUUACACUUCCUUCCAUCUGGAGGCUGUACGUUUUCACGAGGUUUGAAUUGCUUCUGCGUUUCUGACCAGGGAGAAAACCCUGAGACUCUGUUACAGCUGCUUUUACGUUGUAUUCUGUCCCUCUCUGCCUUACUUUGCCAAAAACUGUUGUACCGUCACCAUGAGUCAUUGCCCAUCGUAGAGCGCGACUAGAAGCCCAUAGUCGGCCACCCCAACCCUCGCUGGGGGGGGGGGGGAAGCAGCACGGCUGAGAUGGGGUACAACAUACAACCAGGUACAACAUGGGGAGGCAUUUUGUGCAAUACUGGUUUUUAUCAAUCCUGUCCUUUGCUUCUUGACCAAGACAACUUUGUGUGUCGGAGAUGAGAAAUGUGUUAAUUGAGCAAUGAUCAAACCAACAAUCGGCAGACGAGCAGCGCGGAUCAGGCCCUACAGGGGACUCGCCAGGCCCAGGCGGGAGUCUGCUGGCUUUCAUGUGACCCCUUUUAUGUGGCGCUGUGGACAUGUCACAGGUGUGUUAAUUAACCCCCCUCGCUCUGUCUGUACCGUGACUUGAAGAUACAAGGCCUUUUUUUAAAUAUCUGCAGAGAUUGUACAGAUUAGCCUUGAGGGACGUUUCAUUCCUUAAGCUAUUCUUAUGUGAACCGUUAGAGCUUUGGCGAGCAACGUUUUGUAAGCGUUUUAUUUAUGCAUGAUGAUAGCGUGCUACGAGAGCAUCGACACCGUGGUUUGUAUGUGCGUGCGUGAGCGUGCAUGCGUGCGUGUGUGUGUGUGUGUCUUUCUCUCUACCGGCUGCUCUGUGCCUAUGGGUGAUCGUAAAAAUAAGGCUAGUUUGAAUUCUUUCAUUUCUCUCCAGUCAUGAUCCACGGUGUAACAUUAAUCAGUUGUAGCAGGUAGCUGAAGAGGAUGUAAUCAAGUUAGAACUGAAGCAAUAGUGUUGCAAAAUGAUUGUCUGAUUUUCCCUCCUUCCCCUUCCUCCCCCCAUUCACAGUUGCACAACCCAGAAGCUCAUGAAAUCACCAGCCGAUGUCAAAGUAAAUGGCAGCGAUGUGGGCCGUCAGGUCCCAGUUAGGGUGGCGAGAGGCAGCACACAGACACCGGCGCUGGGGGGGUACAGGCUCGGCGGGGCGGGGCAGCGAGGGAGGGGCACACUGAUGCACUAAACACACAGCGCUCUCACCACCUCUUUUAAUCCUGUACACUUGUAAAUAUGUUUUUUUUUUUAUCUCGAUUGCGAGAUGCUCAGUUGAAACUAGGAAGAAUUUUAAAGUCAUUAUGAAUUAUCAAAAUGCAUGUGUCACCCAAGGGUGGGCACAGGCAGGACCGGCAAGGUAGGCGAAGCACAGAGGGGGCACCCCCCAACCUCCCCCCC